UUACCUGGUAAUACCUUACUGAGUCCAGCAGAGGUCUCUCUAAAACCAGACAGGAACUAGAGCUCUUAUUCUGAAAGGGCAAGUUAGAGAGAGAGAGAGAGAGAGAGAGAGAGAGAGAGAGAGAGAGAGAAGACCCCCAGUGGAGAGCUGCUGGAUUUCCGAGACCAGGACCAGAACCAGAGCGGAAUGGAGGAGGAGCAGCAGAAGCCGGAGCAGCGGAGCAACAAGGUCCCCAGAAGAGCAGCAGCAGGCUCGGCCUCUGAUAGCAGCGGUGUUCAGAAACUGAGAGGAAGAGGGGGACUCAGACAUCACAGCUGUCAGUACUGCGGCAAGUCCUUCACAACAUCUGGACAUUUAAAGAUUCAUGAGAGAGUUCACACUGGAGAGAAACCAUACAGCUGUCAGCACUGUGGCAAGACCUUCCCCACAACUGGAGGUUUAAAGAACCAUCAGAGAGUUCACACUGGAGAGAGACCGUACCGCUGUGAACAAUGUGGGGCAGCUUUCAAACAGUGCGGUGUGCUCAAAAGUCAUCAACUCAUUCACACUGGAGAUAAGCCAUACAGGUGUGAACUAUGUGGGAAAACUUUUUCUCGUGGUGAUACCCUUAAAGUCCACCAACUCAUUCACACUGGAAAUAAACCGUACAGCUGUGACCAAUGCGGAGCAGCUUUCACAACGUCGGGUAAACUUAAAGUCCACCAACGCAUUCAUACUGGAGAGAAGCCAUACAGCUGUGAACAAUGUGGGAAAACGUUUUCUGAUAGUGGUAACCUUAAAGCCCACCAACGUGUUCACACUGGAGAGAAGCCGUUCUGGUGUGAACAAUGUGGGAAAACUUUUUCUGAGAGUGGUAACCUUAAAACCCACCAACGUGUUCACACUGGAGAGAAGCCGUACAGCUGUGAGCAAUGUGGGAAAUCUUUUUCUGAGAAUGGUAACCUUAAAACCCACAAACGUGUUCACACUGGCUCCUCUUUUUCGGAGCUCCAUAAAAUGACGCGCCGCCAGCUUGCGCCGCCGGGCCGUCGCGUCGCGCGCUCGGACAGUCACACUCAGAGACCCCGCUCUACUGCCAUCUACUGGCACCUGUACGUUACUACACACUACACCUGGCUGAGUUACACAUACAGCCGCAUUGACGGAAAUACCAAAACGGAGAAGAAGAGGGGGACUCGGACAUCACGGCUGUCAGCACUGUGGAAAGUCCUUCACAAGAUCUGGAUUCAUCAGAGAGUUCACACUGGAGAGAGACCAUACAGCUGUGACCAAUGCGGGACAGCUUUCACAACGUUGAGUAAUCUUAAAGUCCAUCAACGCAUUCACACUGGAGAUAAACCGUACAGCUGUGAACAAUGCGCGGCAUCUUUCACACAUUUAGGUAGCUUAAAAUCCCACCAACGUGUUCACACUGGAGAGAAGCCAUUCUGGUGUGAACAAUGUGGGAAAACUUUUUCUCAGAGUGGUGCCCUUAAAGCCCACCAACUCAUCCACACUGGAGAUAAACCGUACAGCUGUGAACUAUGUGGAGCAGCAUUCACACAUUUAAGUAAUUUAAAAUCCCACCGACGUGUUCACACUGGAGAGAAGCCGUUCUGGUGUGACCAAUGCGGGGCAGCUUUCACACAGUUAGAAAGCUUAAACUCCCACCGACGUGUUCACACUGGAGAGAAGCCGUUCUGGUGUGAACAAUGUGGGAAAACUUUUUCUCAGAGUGGUAGCCUUAAAAAACACCAACUCAUUCACACUGGCUCCUCUAGAGAGAGAGAGAGAGAGAGAGAGAGAGAGAGAGAGAGUCCCAGUGGAGAGCUGCUGGAUCUCCGAGACCAGGACCAGGACCAGAACAAGAGCGGAAUGGAGGAGGAGCAGCAGAAGCCGGAGCAGCGGAGCAACAAGGUCCCCAGAAGAGCAGCAGCAGGCUCGGCCUCUGAUAGCAGCGGUGUUCAGAAACGGAGAGGAAGAGGGGGACUCGGACAUCACAGCUGUCAGGACUGUGGCAAGUCCUUCACAUCAUCUGGAAAUUUAAAGAUUCGUCAGAGAGUUCACACUGGAGAGAAACUGUACAGCUGUGAACAAUGCAGGACGGCAUUCACACAGUUAGGUGCGCUCAAACGUCAUCAACUCAUUCACACUGGAGAGAAGCCGUUCUGGUGUGAACUAUGUGGGAAAACAUUUUCUCGUGGUGAUACCCUUAAAGACCACCAACUCAUUCACACUGGAGAGAAACCAUACAGCUGUGAACAAUGCGAGGCAGCAUUCACACAGUUAUGUGCACUCAAACGUCAUCAACUCAUUCACACUGGAGAGAAGCCGUUCCGGUGUGAACUAUGUGGGAAAAGGUUUUCUCAGCGUAGUACCCUUAAAGCCCACCAACGCAUUCACACUGGAGAUAAACCGUACAGCUGUGAACAAUGCGGGGCAGCUUUCACCGUUCAAAGUUCCCUAACAUCCCACCGACGUGUUCACACUGGAGAGAAGCCGUUCUGGUGUGAACAAUGUGGGAAAACAUUUUUUAAGAGUGGUAACCUUAAAGUCCACAAACGCAUUCACACUGGAGAUAAACCGUACAGCUGUGAACAAUGCGGGGCAGCUUUCUUACGGUCAUCUCAACUAAUGACCCACCAACAUGUUCACACUGGUGAGAAGCCGUUCUGGUGUGAACAAUGUGGGAAAAUGUUUUCCCAGAGUGGUAGCCUUAAAAGACACCAACGCAUUCACACUGGAGAUAAACCGUACAGCUGUGACCAAUGCACAGCAGCUUUCACACAGUUAUCUGGCUUAAACUCCCACCGACAUGUUCACACUGGAGAGAAGCCGUUCUGGUGUGAGCAAUGUGGGAAAACUUUUUCUCUGGCUUGUAACCUUAAAACCCACCAACUCAUUCACACUGCCUCUUCUUGAACAUGUUCUAAAGCCAAGCUGUUGUUAGAGUGGAGAGAGGGAACAAAUAGCGUGAGUCAAGACGCUGUUUACUACCCAGAUAACAAAAGAGAGCAGUCCCGAGCCCAAAGUAGCCGAGGUCCAGGACCACUUGCAGGCACUAACCUGCUUGAUAAAUAUGGAAGAAGAACAAAGUGUGGAAUUUGUCAGAGCACAUAACAUUGGGUCAAAAAGAGCAUGUAAAGAUGACAAGUGAAAAUCAGUGCAGUGAAAACUAUGAUGAGUGUAACAUAACAGUUGUUUUCCAAGGAAUCCGAUGAUGAGAUAUUCAUGGUUGAAGCUUGUAGAAGAAAAUUAUUUACCAGUUUUAGUCUCAUUUUAUCCUAAUAUCCUCUUUCUGGUCACUGAUUAAGUUGAUCAUAUUUUACCUGAUUUUUAAAAGAAAUGUUAUCUUGUGUUGUGUAACUGAAUGUUAUUACCAAUAUAAGUCAAGAGAUGGAAUUGGUUUUGGAUAUAUGACUGUUAUUUAUAUUUUUACUUUAUUACUUUUGUUGAAGAAUAUUGUGAGUUGGGGUUAUUUUUUUCAUUUUGUUCCUCUUAUACUUAACAUACUAUACUAUAUCUUUUUAUGACUUUUCGACAUACUAUACAGAUUUUUUAUAACUUUU